GCAAAGUGGGAGACACGCGACGAUGCUGCGCAGGCCAGGUCCUUUUUUGCAACAAUUCCCUUUAUUUGCUGCACGUGGGCGCAUACUACGUUCCAGGAUGCAACAGCUACGAAAGAGACAUACGAGUCAAUGAAUGAAAUAUCCAAGAACAAGAAAGCUCGUCUCAAUAAUGAAGAUUUCCCCUCUCUCACCGAAGCUGGAACAAUCAGCCGAUUACCAAAGCACGAAUCAAAGCAUGCUAGAUCCUUGUCGGAUGAGUCGAACAUUCCUAUCACACCGGUCUCUCUUCGGGAUCUCUCUCCAGAGGUUGUGUCGCCUGAUGAAAACACUCUUAUCCCAAGCCAUGAGAUAUCGGCACGUUUAUCGGUCCUCGAAAACACUUCACCCGUCACACAAGAGUACACCUCUCAAGAUAAUAACGCCCGCUUCGAUUUAACAACACUCUACAUCACGGUACGUCUAUCCACCUAUGAGACAGAGGUGCUUUCUGAUCCGUUUUUAGAAAAAGAAUUUGGCGCAGCCUUUGUUUCUUUCGGUAACAUCGAGGGACCAGAAAAAGCUAUAAGGACAUUCAGAGAUGGCCAGCGGUUUACUCUUGAUGGUCACACACUUCAUCUCAAAUACAAGAAAUUUAAGCCGUUCAUUCCCAGAAAGGGUCAAAGUUCUCCACGAAAUGUAAACACAAGAGUAGAAGAUGGGAAUCAGCCGAGUCCAUUGCAGCAUCCCAUCAGCCAGCUCGAAGCAAAUUCUUCGCCCAGAAAUCUUGUAGAGCCACUCCCACACGAGGUAACACUGUCCACGAAAACGGAAAUGAUGCAUACAGGGACCGACGAUGGUUAUAUCCGGGGGGACACGACGCACGACACGAGUGAACAGCAGAGCCAAGCUCAGAGCGCUAAUCAAGUGAAUUCGAUUGCUACCAGUGUCGAUGUUCCUAUAGCAAACCCCUCGACCUUUGCUGCCUCUCCGGCUCCAGGAGUGGAUGCGAAUACCAAGGCUCAAGUCUACUACCCCUAUCCCACUACGGCAUGGCCUCACCCCUAUGGACAAUAUGGACACCCCUAUGCCGCAUAUCAACCGAUGUAUGUCACUCAGCCAUACGCUCAACCAUAUUGGUUUCCCUCUGGGAUCGUUCCCGUUGCUGUCAAUACGAUGGCAUCUCAUCAUGGUCAAUCUACAUCGGCUACGAACAACUAUUCGAUUCCGGCUCAGGCACCUGCUUCGUUUGCGUUGGGAAAUCAAACUUCGAUUCCAAGGGGACCUAUCGUGCCCAUCGGAUGCUAUAGGCACCCCAACGGCAGUAUCACGUAUGUCUACCCAUCCGAGGUCGUCGAAAAGUACAAGUCUGAACACAAGGACGCCCACAAUAGUACACCAAGCCGUACUCUAAAGGAUUUCUACGCGACCCAAGCUGCAUUUAGGGCACCCCAACCGGCCAUGAUGCCCAUGUAUCCUGGAGUGUAUCCUCAGGACGCCACCAAGUUGUUUGCACCCUAUGCACCUGCCGUGCCUUAUCCAGUUUCUCAUGGGACCUCUGGAACUGCAAAUUAUGGGAAUACCUCUGGCCAAGAGGGAGGAGUAUACAAUCUCGCGUCAAACGCGGCAGUGGCGCCAAAUGGGUCGCUCAAUUCGCUUGGCAUGUCUGGAGUGCGUGCCACGGGAUUUGGAGGGACGAGUCCACAAGCUCAACAGCCAACGUCGGCUGUAAACGCUUUUGCAGGACAGGCCGGGUAUGUCCCAGGACCUCAAUACGCGCCGUUCCACUACAACGGGGACUCUUCUCAGCACGCAUACAAUGGCGCAAAUGCAAGUGUAUAUGGGGUGAUGGCUGGCGGUAGCGAGCCGGCGAGCACUCGAGGCUAG